UAUUGGCCUGCGAAAGGCUUCAGCGGGAGUUCAGUCAGUCUUAGCGGAGGUACCAAACCUGCAGGAUGGUCUGCCGCCUCGUUACACUGGUCUUAGCAGUGACUGGUGUCUUUGUGGCGUGUCAAGUAACAACAGCUGAUGUUAAUACUACUGCUGACAGAAAUGACACAAAGGUUUACCUUGAAGAUAAAUUUCUAUAUUUUGCCUAUGGCAGUAACCUGUUGGCGAAGAGAAUACAUAUAAAUAACCCAACUGCUGUUAGAAUUUCUAAGGCCAAACUUGCGGAUUAUCGGAUUGAUUUCGGAUACUGGUCUCGACGCUGGAAAGGUGCUGCUGCCACAGUUGUUCCUGACCAAGGAAAACAUGUAUGGGGAGCUGUAUGGCAAAUGGACAAAUCCGAUAUGGACAACUUGGACAGACAAGAAGGUGUUUCAUCAGACAUUUACUUUCCGUUUGAGGUUGAAGUUGAGAAACCAGAUGGAAAGAAACUGCUGUGCCGCUGCUAUCAACUGUGUAACACUCCAACAGAGCUAAAACCAGGGCAGCCUAUUCCAGAAGACCGACUUCCCUCUGAACUGUACCUGAGUGUGAUAAUACAAGGAGCGCGAGAAACAGGUCUCCCGAAUGAAUAUAUAGAGCAGUUAGAAAAAAUAUCUCACAAUAGCUACAAAGGUGAUAACAGCACAAUAUUGUCUUCUCUGGUAUCAAGUUAAUAAGUGUGGUGUGUGCAACAUGCAUGCGCGUGCGCGCGCACACACACAGUGCACAUGUGUGAUAUUGAAGAAAAAAGACUUUACAUUUAACGUAAUGCCAAGGGUAAGAUACUGAAAUGGUUAAAAUAGUUUGACUAUUAUUAGGCUUUGUCAAUAAAAAUUAUUAAAGCUGAUCCUGUAUUUAAA